AUGUCAAGUGUAGAAACGGCAGAAGAAUUCAAAACGCGAUCACAAGUCGACCAACCGUUCGAGGCACAAUUUAAUGGAUCCACCGAGUUCAUACUUGUCACAGAUCAUCAAACACCUGAGAAGAAGCGAAACUUUGGAGAGUUCUGUGCAACCGGGUUGAAGAAUGUCUUUCGUAAGAAGACACUUUACAAACGACUGCCGAUCUUGAAUUGGUUGCCACAUUACAAUCGUGAAGAUGCCAUCGGUGAUAUCAUUGCAGGCAUAACUGUCGGUUUAACGGUCAUACCGCAGGGCUUAGCAUACUCGGGCGUCGCUGGCUUGCCGACACAGUACGGUCUUUACGGCGCCUUUAUGGGUUGCUUUGCCUAUGUCAUAUUCGGCACCUGCAAGGACAGCACAGUCGGUUCGACGGCCAUUGCAUCACUUAUGGUUUUUCAGUUCGCCAAAGGAGUCUGGCAAAGAGCGAUCUUGCUCACAUUCCUCACCGGCAUCAUCGAAAUACUCAUGGCGCUCUUUCGGCUAAGUUUCAUAAUAGAGUUUGUAUCAGGGCCGGUGAGUGCGGGUUUCACAAGCGCCAUUGCGUUCAUCAUAACCACAUCACAAAUAAAAGAUAUAAUUGGUGUUAAAAAUGCCAAAGGCAUAACAUUUUUGGAGCGUUGGAUCAGCAUGAUCAAUGACAUAGGGAAUAUACGCAUAGCAGAUACGAUUCUCGGUUGUAGCUGCGUUGUCAUCUUGAUGUUGAUGCGCUCCUUAGGCAAUAUUAAGGUGGGUCCAAAACAUAAUCGCCGAUGGUAUCAUAUUUUGGUGACCAAGCUAUUGUGGUUCUUUGGCGUAUCGCGAAAUGCAACGCUGGUGAUCGUUUGUGCGACAGCAAGCAUGUACAUGCAGGAGCGGGGUAUGAAUUAUUUCCGGUUGACAGGCUACAUACCUGGUGGCUUGCCCGAAUUUAGACUACCUCCUUUCUCCAUUGAAGGAACGCCGGGUAAUGAAACCACCGGUGAGCCAGCAGUAGAAGCUGAGUCUUUCUUUGAGAUGGUUAAUAAUAUGGGCUAUGGUCUGAUCAUUGUGCCACUCGUCGCCUUAAUGGAGAACAUCGCCGCUUGUAAGGCUCUUGCGAAGGGAAAACCUAUUGACACAGCCCAAGAGCUGAUCGCUAUGGGUGUUGCAAACGUGGCCAAUUCAUUUUUCCAAGGUUAUCGGGCCAACGGCGGUCUCGCACGCUCGGCUGUCAAUAAAGCCAGUGGCGUACGCACGCCCUUGGGCAAUAUGUACAUCGGCGCCAUUGUGGUCUUCGCUCUGCUCUAUCUAACUGACUUUUUCUACUACAUUCCAAAAGCUGCAUUGGCGUCCGUCAUUAUUUCGGCCGUGAUCUUCCAAGUGCAGUACCAAGUGAUUGUGCCAAUGUGGCGCAGUAAGCGUACGGAUUUGAUUCCGUAUUUCGUCGCCUUCAUUGCUUGCUUGGUUAUGCCGCUAGAGCUGGGGAUUCUCGCGGCAAUAGGCGUAAAUCUUAUGUUUAUUUUAUAUCACUCCGCGCGUCCGAAAGUUCGCUUGGAGACACUUGAGACGCAAGAAGGCUUGAAAUUCCUGAAACUCACACCGGAUCGUUGCCUCAUCUUUCCAUCAGUUGAGUUUGUACGCAACCUGGUGCUGAAGUUCGGCAACAAAACCACAUUGCCCGUGGUCAUCGAUUGCACUUACAUCUAUGGCGCUGACUACACUGCCGCCAAAGUGAUCUCUUCUCUGAUCGAAGAUUUCAAACGACGUAACCAAAAAAUUAUCUUCUAUAAUUUGAAACCAAAUGUUGUGCAAAUCUUUGAUGGUCUGAAUAUUAGCCUAACAUUGUGCUAUAACACUGACGCACUGACCCAGGCGCUGAGGGAGAAUCAAAAUGGCGCCAUGUCGAAACCGCCUGUAGACAAUUACGUAGAGGCUGGUAAUAGAAGUAGCAACGCGACCUUAAACUCCACACUUACCAUCGAUGUGGCCAGCAUUGAGAAUCCUGAGAAUACAACCAAGUUGUAA